CCAGCUCCCAGCAAGUUUAGCUCCCGGCCAAGCAACCAGCCCUGCGCUGACGAGGUCGCAACAGCUCGCGUGCCCCUCCAAGACCCUCGACAUUUUGAACUUCAACACCUAGUAACGUUCGUGGUGAUCGGCAUCGUCACUUUCACAACCUCGAGAAACCAUGGCGACCUCCGAAAAGGGUCAAAGGCGCGACAAGCUUGAGGGCCAGAUCGACAAGCAGCUCGACAAGCUUCCCAUUGACAAGGAGAGGCUCAAGCGGGAGUUCGACCUCUCCCACUUCGACCUGAACCAAAUCCUGCGUGGCAUUCAGUUGACACUGGUUGGAGCUCAACGAGCCCUUCAAAACCCUGCCUUGUUCACGUCGGACCACUACCGACAAGCCGGCAUUGCUGUCUUGAGUGGCCUUGCCAUCCGUCUCGUCAUCUCCAUUCCCAUCAUCGGUGUCAGAGUCUUUCUCUGGAUUCUGUCCUUCUUCUUGAGCCUGGACCAUGUCACUUGGGACGACCAGCUUGUUGGUGGCCUCAACUUCAUCGAGGAAUAUGUUUUGCAGGUCCCGUUCUUCCUCAUGGCGCUGAUGCGCUACGUCACCCCGACGCUCGACAACAUGUUUAUGGACUCGCUGAACUGGGUUGACAAGACGUACGUCCAGAAACACAAGCAUGAAGACCCGACCAAGCUUCGAGAUAUGUACUAUCCCAACCUCAAGAUGUACAAGGUCAGCGACGGCAGCACCCACACGACUAGCACGGCCGAAGCCAUCAGCAUGUUCCUGUACCGCUUCGCUCGGAAGGGUGCCAUCUCCCUCGCCGUAUUCGCCUUGUCGUACCUACCCAUCGUCGGUAGAUUCGUGCUGCCCGCAGCCAGUUUCUACACCUUCAAUAAUGCCGUUGGAUUGGGUCCUGCGUCUGUCAUCUUUGGAACAGGCAUCUUCUUGCCCAAGCGGUACAUCGUCAUCUUCCUGCAGAGUUACUUUGCGUCGAGGAGUUUGAUGAGAGAGCUGCUAGAGCCGUACUUCUCUCGUGUGCACUUUACCAAGGAGCAGAAGAGAAACUGGUUCCGGAACCGCGAGGGGCUGCUGUUCGGUUUCGCCAUCGGGUUCUACACACUGAUUAAGAUCCCGCUCGUUGGUGUCUUGAUUUACGGUAUCGCAGAGGCCUCAACGGCGUACCUGAUUACCAAGAUUACCGAUCCUCCCCCGCCUCCCGCCGAGAAGGCUGCUUUCGCCGCGAGCCAGCAGGAGUGGACGAACAAGCACGAAUUCCUCAACCUCUCCCUCGGCGAUAUUGAUGCCAUUCACCUCAAGUCGCGGCCGGCCAACCCGACAGGUGAUGCUCAAAAGCACGAGUAGGCAAAUGGCAAGGGAACGGCAAGGGUGUCUGUUCAUCUGUCGCUUCUCGGGGUUCGCUAUCCGUAGGCUUAACUCAAUCGCGUGAAUCCAGACAUGCCGGGAUAGGGUGACAUUCUGCGGACAUUUGCAAUGCUCUUUUCUGCAACAGUACGGGUGAAGGGGACCGACAAGGCGUAAACGACAGAUGCCGAGAUAGCCAACCCCCGGAUUCCAAUCAAUUACGUUUUAUGAUAGGAGCAGCCAUGCGACAUGAGAUCACCACGCCGUCUUAUCGAUUGGUUUUUGGAGACUGGCCGACGGGCGGAGCCAAUGCGGGGGUUGCCAGACACAAGCCUCUUACGGUAUCGGGCAAAAGCUCUUAUCAGCCCGCACCCAGCUCCGCACUUGCAACUCCCCAGCAGCCACCACCACUCUCACACACUACAGUUGGGGAUAAUCCCAUGCUCGGGAUAGAUAGCCAGACGAGGCAGGAGUGAAAGGCGUCUCAUUCGCUGGGUGAGAUAGUUCCGAGGAGCUCAGGGCGGGGUAGUUUGGAGACGUUGGCGUGGAUGCAUGUAUAUCUACUACACUAGAAAGCAGAGCGACCUGUCCUGGCACUCAAUCUCAUAACGAC